GAUAGUAUGUGCUUUGAAUGAGCUUUUAAAAGUAGGUAAUUUGAAGGAGAACACAUACGUAAAAUAAUGGAAGUACUUACGAUAGCAAGAACAACAACCAGAAGGCCUUAUUCAACGUCUGUACUUGUUAAUUGUGUGUGGGUUCUAGUUACCAUUGUAUCAUUAAUUCUAGAAGAAUGUUGGUCUUUGCGUGAUGUUCGAUUACUAGUUAUACCAUCAGCCAUUGAACGGGGUGAAAAUGUUAUAUUCUUAUGCCAAUACGACUUAGAAGGUGCACCACUAUAUGCAGUCAGCUGGUACCGGGGUACACAUGAAUUCUAUCGACAUACUCCAAGUGAAAUUCCAGCCAUAAAAAUUUUUAAAACAAACGGAAUAUAUGUAGAUGAGACGCUAUCAAAUUCAACUCAGGUGGUUUUAAGUGAUGUUUCUUAUUCAUUAUCUGGUAACUUUAGCUGUGAGGUUACAACAGAUGCUCCAUCAUUCUCCACACGUACUGCGUCGUCGCAACUGACUGUUAUCGACACACCGAAAAGACCACCAAUAUUAAUGGUAGAACGAGAUCGUUAUACGCUGGGUGACAUUUUACAUGCCAACUGUACAUCGCCACCUUCAAGACCACCUGCUGAUAUUAUAUUUAAGAUAAAUGGCAUAAAGGUUAGUCACCCACAUUCACACAAAUAG